AUGUCAAUUCAGUGGCGCGUCGACGGAGAUUACGUGCCAGAUCGAGUGCGAUUCCGGCUAGUCGAAUCGCUUGUUGAUGAUGCGUUGGAUAAGUUGAGGGGCGGAUUGGCGCUAGAUGAAGAAAUUGAGUUGGACAGUGACGGUGAGCGAAUGGGCAGCAUUGAGAGCUACGUGGUGUCAAUUGAAAAAGUUGGUCAGUUCACCAGAGAGCAACUGGAAGCUAUGAAAUCCUUGUGGGGGCUACAAGAUACUUGUCGCAAUGCUGUUCUUUGCUGUACCUGGUUGAAUAGCACUGUUAAACCCGCGGUCAGUGAUCCCGCUUCAGCGGGUAUUAUAAUGGGAAAGAUUCUGGAGUGUUGGCCGUAUACACCGCUGGUUGGGUUCGGAUUCGACCUGACGUACACCAAUCUCUUUUGCUUUCGAGAUUCCGCUUGGCUAAACGAUAAUGCCAUGCGUGCUUUUGCGGUUUGUCUCGCACGGUACAAGAACAAUUUUGGUGAAAGUGUUGCCUCGCACCAAUUCGUGCUUCUUCCUAUCAAUUUUGGUGGCACGCAUUGGGGAUGCCUCGUGGUUGACCGAGACACCAAGGUUAUUAAGAUGUACGACAGCAUGGGCGGUAAGAGAAACAAGAAACGGUUGCAGAAGAUGGCUGAAGAAAUCCGUACUGGGCCUCUACGUGACGAUUCCUACGAAGCUUUGGAAGUAACCGAGCCGGUGCAAACGGACAGUGACAGUUGCGGUGUGUUUGUGUGCCGGUUUUUCUGGACUUGCGUGAGCAGCGAAUCCCCCAGCGAUGUGUCCCCAGCUGGUAUUACGAAGCUGAGGUGGGAGAUGCUGCACGCAGUCAUGAAGUUGAGGCCGCGCUAG